AUGUCGCACGAGAGUGUCUGGUACUCGCGCCCACGCGGCUACGGAAAGGGAGCAAGAGGCUGGUAGGUGGAGUGUCAGAUGGACAUCAAGGUCGCAAAGAGAUAGCACAAGCAGUCUGGCUAACUCGUCCAAUAGCCGUGUCUGCACCCACAAGGCUGGUCUCAUCCGCAAGUACGGCCUGAAUAUCUGCCGUCAGUGCUUCAGAGAGAAGUCUCUCGACAUCGGAUUCACCAAGGUACAUAAUGGCGUGCGAUAUGGGUUUGUAGCAUGGGCAAGGGCUGACAUUAAGAUAGCACCGGUAA